CUUCGGGGUGGGAGGGAUCCUCCCGCGGGGAAGCGCUCCUCUCCAUUGGACGCUCUUCCCCAAACGGAGGGAGGCUCGACCCGCUCCCGGUGCGUUUCCACCUCUCCGCCGCUCCUCUUCGGCUCCCGCAAGGCUCCCCCCAGUUCCUCUUUGGCUCAGGUCAAACCAAAUCUGCCAAGAUGUCCAGCAAGCGAGCCAAGGCGAAGACCACCAAGAAGCGUCCUCAGCGUGCCACCUCCAAUGUCUUUGCCAUGUUCGACCAGUCACAGAUCCAGGAAUUCAAGGAGGCUUUCAACAUGAUAGACCAAAAUCGUGAUGGGUUCAUUGACAAGGAAGAUCUGCAUGACAUGUUGGCAUCUCUUGGGAAGAAUCCAACUGAUGAAUACUUGGAAGGCAUGAUGAGUGAAGCUCCUGGACCCAUCAACUUCACCAUGUUCCUCACCAUGUUUGGAGAAAAGCUGAAUGGAACUGAUCCGGAGGAUGUCAUCCGCAAUGCUUUUGCCUGUUUUGAUGAGGAGGCCACAGGCUUCAUUCAUGAAGACCAUCUGCGUGAACUUCUCACUACUAUGGGUGACCGGUUCACAGAUGAAGAGGUUGAUGAGAUGUACCGAGAAGCCCCCAUUGACAAGAAAGGCAACUUCAACUAUGUGGAGUUCACCCGUAUCUUGAAGCAUGGAGCCAAGGACAAAGACGAUUAAAACGAAGAGAGAUUCCAAUUUCUAGGUCACUCUUUUAAGAUCUUAAUCUCUUUGCUCUGCCUUGAAAAUGCCUAUGUCAGAAUGGGAUAACCUGAAAGGGAUAUGUUUUUAAACAUGAGGCCAAGCCCUGAUCUAAAUGAAGAAAAGGCUUGACACACAUUCACCCAUGUUACACAUGGAUCUGAAUUGAUCCUUUAUUAAGCUACUACUCAAUUCUGUACAUACAGAGUAAAGUACAAGUAAUCUCACUUUUCCAAAGUGUAACUGCAGGUAUGAUUGCAGUGGAAUGGAGAAACUAUCUGCUACUGCUUCAUAUAACCACACAGGAAUGGAUCUAAGGACUGGUAGGAGGCACUAUAGAGAUGGCCAUUUGAGGCUUUAUGUAGAUGACUGAUGUCUCUGUUGUUGAUAAUACAUAUUAAAUAUACAGCACUUCUAAACUUGCAAUGUGACUUAUGAUCUGUACACAGUUGUUAUUACAACCACUAUCACCAUCACAAACCAGGCAUUUCUUCUCAUAUUUGUCCUACAGACGUCAAAAUUAAGACUACAUUCUCCAGAUCCCAAAUCAAACUCUUAAUAUAUGUGUUGGAUGAUGUUGGCCUUCACCUUCCCUGAAUAUACUGAAUCCAUUCAAACAUCAAUUGGCUAUCAGUCCAACCUUGAUUCUCAAGGGGUAUCCAGUUUGGUUGAGAUGGAUAACUCCAUUUUGCACUUGCGUAUUUUGGAGAAAAGGACAUCUCUCCAUCAGAAGAUCUGCAGAGAUUCUCUUUCUAUCUCCUUCCUACAUGCAUUACACACUACACACACAAAUACCCCUUUACUAUGAAACAAUUAUUCUCUUGCCCUAAAUUCAUGUUGGCCAUACAUUUGGAUCAUAUAGUGUUAAAAGAAAUUAGAUUAUGGGCCCAUGAAAUUCAGAGUCCUCACUCACCUGUUCCACUUAGGUACUAAACAGAGUGAUUUUAUUUAUUUAUUGGCCAGCUGAAAAAAACAUUGGGCAGGAAGAGCAAAAGGAGUAAAAUUGCACCUAUCUCACUUAUAUUGUCCCCAAAAGGAAGAUUAUUUCACUAUUUCUCCUCAGCACUUUUAAAAGUAAAGUACAAUUUUUUGAUAUUUCAGAAGAUUUUUAUACAUAUCCCUACUGGUAUCUCCAUUUGUGAAAUAAAAAUGUAGCCUCAACCAUGCAGUUGCUUUUUUGACAAUUAGAUCAAAGAUUUUUGACACAAGGAGCAAAGAAAUUAAUCUGAAUAUAAAGAAUUUAAUAAAAUAUGUUAUUGUUCUA